AUGUCUGACUACGAAGAUAAUGCUUUUAAUGAAGUAGCUGAAAACUUUGAAGAUUUUGAUGCUCCAGACCAUUUUUCCGAUAAUGAAUAUGACGAUCCAUCAGCAAAUGGUGGUGAUGCCGCUUUGAAAACUACUGAUGGAAGAACAAUUAUAAAUGGUGGAUUUGGGCCCGAUGAUGCCCAAUCAGCCAGUCAACCAAGAAAGAAAACCACCAAGGAAUUGGCUAUUCCAAAGGAAAAGAGAACUACCACUCCAUAUAUGACCAAAUAUGAAAGAGCAAGAAUAUUGGGAACUAGAGCUUUACAGAUUUCAUUGAAUGCUCCAGUAUUGGUUGAUAUUGAAGGUGAAACCGAUCCACUACAAAUAGCUAUGAAAGAAUUGGCACAAAGAAAGAUACCUUUGGUGAUAAGAAGAUAUUUACCUGAUGGAUCUUACGAAGAUUGGGGUUGUGACGAAUUAAUUGUUGAUCAAUAA